CAAUUCUAAAAAGUUUUCAAGAUUUGGACUCUGCUAUCAUAAUUGUGCACAGAGUAUCUACACAGAAGUGGUCUGCUUCAUCAUCCAAUGAGCUCUGCCUCUUCGUGGAUGUGACACUCCAAUGGAGGGAAGCCAAGAGCCUAUAGUAGCGAUCCUGGGGAAAAUUUAAGCAGCUGUGUUCACGUAAUUGAAAACCUCUGAAAAGUGCUGCAGUCUGUGCACAGCGUUAGUAUAACAUGAGGGCUGGGGCUGGAUGCAGCCCGUUCUCUGGAGGACUUCUUUGCCUGCUGCAGGAAAGAGAAGGCUGAAAGACAAACCUGGGUGCAGCCGGAAAGGUCCAGAUAGAUGAGCUUGUGGCAUCCGUUCCCCAAAUUCAGGGACUGCCGUACCUCAGCUGGAUCUCAUUCUUCCUGAACUGCUUUAGUUAAGAUUACCCAAACUUGGAUUUCAAAGGAAUACUUUCAUUGUUCCAUCUGUCACACCAAGUAAUUGGGACCAGCUGGAUGUCAGGAUGCGGGUGGUGACCGUCGUAAUCCUACUUUUCUUUUGUAAAGUCGCUGAGCCCCGCAAGGCAAGCCCUGGGGGUGCAAGAAACCGGGUGAACCAUGGCCGGGCUGGUGGGAGCCGGAAAAACUCCAACCCGGUCAAACGCUAUGCACCAGGCCUCCCCUGUGAAGUGUACACGUACCUUCACGAGAAAUACAUAGAUUGUCAAGAAAGAAAACUAGUUUAUGUGCUGCCCGACUGGCCUCAGGAUUUGCUGCACAUGCUGUUAGCAAGAAACAAAAUCCGCAUACUGAAGAACAGCAUGUUUUCCAAGUUUAAAAAGCUGAAAAGCUUGGAUCUGCAACAGAAUGAGAUCUCUAAAAUUGAGAGUGAGGCUUUCUUCGGUUUAAAUAAACUCACCACUCUCUUACUGCAGCACAACCAGAUCAAAGUCUUGACAGAGGAAGUGUUCAUUUAUACACCUCUCCUGAGCUACCUGCGUCUUUAUGACAACCCCUGGCGUUGUACUUGUGAGAUGGAAACGCUUAUUUCAAUGCUGCAGAUUCCAAGGAACCGGAAUUUGGGGAACUAUGCCAAGUGUGAAAGCCCACAAGAACUGAAAAAUAAAAAACUGAAGCAGAUAAAAUCUGAACAGUUAUGUAAUGAAGAAGAAAAUGAACAAUUGGUUCCGAAACCCCAUUUGUCAGGAAAACCCCCAGUCAUCAAGACUGAGGUGGACUCUUCCCUUUGCCACAACUACGUAUUUCCCAUACAGACACUGGACUGCAGAAGAAAAGAGUUGAAGAAAGUCCCAAACAACAUUCCUCCAGAUAUUGUUAAACUUGACUUGUCACACAAUAAAAUCAACCAACUUCGACCCAAGGAGUUUGAAGAUGUUCACGAGUUAAAGAAAUUAAACCUCAGCAGCAAUGGCAUUCAAUUCAUAGAUCCUGCUGCUUUUUUAGGACUCACACAUUUAGAAGAGUUAGAUUUAUCAAACAACAGUCUGCAAAACUUUGACUAUGGUGUGUUAGAAGACUUGUAUUUUUUGAAACUCUUGUGGCUCAGAGAAAACCCUUGGAGAUGUGAUUACAACAUCCACUACCUCUACUACUGGCUAAAGCAUCACUACAACGUGCAUUAUAAUGGCCUGGAAUGCAAAAUGCCUGAAGAAUACAAAGGGUGGUUUGUAGGAAAAUAUGUUCGGAGUUACUAUGAAGAAUGCCCCAAAGACAAAUUACCAGCAUACCCUGAAACAUUUGACCAAGAUAUGGAAGAUGAUGAAUGGGAAAAAGUACAUAAGGAUCACACAGCAAAGAAGCAAAGUGUAAGAAUCACUAUUGUGGGAUAACGGAAUUGUUCUUGUUGCAACUAGUUUUGCCUUUGCUAUACUGGUGUUGGAAAACUGCAUGUUUACAUUUUGAUUAACUGUAUUACUUAUUUAUGCAGGAUUAUUCAACUAAAGGAAGGUUCCCUUGAUUAUUAUUGUUGUUGUGACAAUAUAGUAAUCAAAGGAAUACUCUUAUCCUGCUUGCCUGCCUGUUUGCCGAACAGCUUUUGAUGAUGAUUCCACACUGGUAACCUGCAGAAGUUGGGUCCUAAUGAUGGCAUUAGAUUUUCAUAAUGUCCUGUAUAAAUCUUUUUACUGCUUUUUGAAAAUAAAAAAAAAACUUGGUUCAUUUUUACAUGCUUUUCAAGAGUUGCGUGCACAUACCUAAAGAUGAUCAAAAUGAAGAGAUACAAAUAAUUAGUAAUAAUAAAAUCUUAUUGUCUCCCCUCUACCCCCUUUUUUUUUCCAGUAAGUCAGCUUAUGCACUGAAUAAAUUUCCAUGUUUGAUUCCUGUGCACUCCAAAAUGAGGUCCUGGUAAACCCAAAUUCUCCACUACUUUUCACUGAUCCUUGCAAAAAAAAAAAAAAUGUCAAGCUAAACUGGAAGAAUUGUCACAUGCAAUAAGCCAAGAAUCUGAGAAUUAUAUUAGAGACUGGUUAGAAGACCGGACUCUGAGAAGCAGUUGUACGUGGUGUGAAUCAUGAGCCCUGAACAGGUAUAGACACUAGUAAGUGUGGAAACAGCACUGAUGUUUUAACAGAAUUUAGGCUAUGGAGCUGCCUGUCAGUGGGAAGGAUCUGAGCCCUUCCUGCUAAGCUAAUAUGUGAAGGAGCAUAAAACAGGAUGAAAUUAGGAUUCAGGGUCAGGAUUUGAGAUGAAAAAGAAACAAAAAGGAAAUUGAUAUCAAAAGCAACUGAGGGAGCAGGUGGUAUGGAAGAGAAGCCCUAUGGGGUUGCAGGUUAAAAUUAGCUCACCUAGAAAAACAGAUCCACAGAAAGAGAGGAAGUAUUUGGAGACUAACCCCAUCAGUUUGUAUUUUGAUAGUACUAUUGUAUUAGAAAAAUAAAAUGAAAUAUAUACAUAUCAUUAAAAAUACAACUUUUUUAUGCAAA